AUGACCAAACCAUACGGCGACGGCACCGCCGCCCUCAUCGACGCCGAGGUUCGAGAAUGGGUUGCCAAAGCAUAUCAGCGUACUGUGAACCUCAUUGAGGAACACAAGGAUCAAGUGGCUCAAAUUGCUGAGUUGCUGCUACAAAAGGAAGUGCUAUACAGGGAUGAUUUGGUUCAAGUUUUGGGCGAAAGACCAUUCAAGUCUAGUGAUGAACACAACCAUUAUGAUACUUUCAAGCAAGAUUUUCAACUGGACAAUGACAACAAUGGGCAAGGACCCCAUGUUUCAGAAUCAAUUACCUUCAAUGGACGUUGCCGCGUAGGAACAAAGUAAAAGGACAAGGGCAGGUGGUGGAAGCUGAAACAUUGAAGCAAGCAACGUGUCAAGUUUUGAGUGGACAACG